AUGGAGAAGUUGCAGAUUCUGAAGCUGUGCCAUAACAAUCUUACAAAUCUAAACAAGAAUUCGUUCCGCGGUGGACCGAGCUGGAAUUUGAAAGAGCUCUAUCUGAAUGGCAAUCCGUUAAAAGAACUCAAUAUUUUCGACGAGCUGCCAAACUUGGAAAAACUGGUGCUAGAUGAAGUCACUGGCCUGGAUUUCCAGAAGACGUUUUCAGGACAUUCACUGAAACAUUUGAAAAAUUUGGAGUACCUAUCGCUGAGCGGCAAUCCACUAAAAGCAGUGCCUCAGGCAGUCCAGGAUAUUCCAACUCUAAGAACACUCAACCUCAGUCACACAGGCAUUGAAGAAAUUCAAACCGACGCGUUCGUGUAUAGUCACAAUCUGAAAGAGCUGUACAUGGAAGAAAAUAAGAAUCUCCGUGUCAUCCACGAAUGCGCUUUCUGUGGCCUAACUUCUUUACAGAAACUCGUGCUGAGAGGUUGCUCACGACUCACGCAAAUCCACGAUUCAGCAUUCUGUACUGAUGAAUCAAAUCUCAGAACACUUGAUGUAGAACAUGCGCGUCUGUCAUCACUGCCAAGUUCACUGAAUCUAGAAGUUGCUGAAACAUUGAAACUGGGUGGAAAUCCAUGGAACUGCACGUGUUGGCUCGCUAAAAUCAACGAACACCAAAUUGAUCUCAGUAAUGGCAGCAUGCCGCCAAGGUUAAAUCAUAUCAAAUUGCAUUUGCUAUUUCCGGGACUCAAACUGAAGUAG